CUCAAUCAUUUCCUCUUGGACAGAAGUCUGCUGAAUGAGUUCUAUCUUUCUGAAUAUAAAUAUCUAUUGGUCAAACACCAACUUUGAACCAAACAGUCUGGCUUUAUUAGGAGAUUUUGACUGUGUUUUAUGAGCAACUUAGAUCUUUGAAAUGUCAGGACAAAUGACAACAUAUCUUUAGACCAUGAGGAAACAAAAAAGAAUCAUAUUAAAAAUAAAUAAAUAAAUAAAAAUACAUUGGCAGCCAAUUUGUCGUUUUACAUUUUAAGUAAUACGACAGAGAACGUUUGAAAUGUUUAAUUCAAAUAGUUCUCACCAUAAAAGAUUUACGUUAUUUCGACACAUCACAACAGAAUACGGCAGAUGUUUACGACAGACCCUCGGGGUAAACAAACCCUGCUGGAUUACUUUUACGGCACGCUCGGAGAAUUAUUAAAACAAAUAGAGCAAUUCGAUAUAAGAUGGAAUUGUCAUACCAGUCGAUUAAAGUGUCUCAUCAAGCCAGAGAAGCGGACGAGCAGAGGUCAGACAUGCGAAGAAAAAGUCUCCUGAUCCUCAUCUAUCACCAUCUACUAGGGCAGGGGUAUGUGGCUGCAGCCUUGGCCUUGGAUCAGGAGAUGAAUGAGGGUGUGAGAAGGUUCGAGGUCUGUGAUAAUAUUGAUCUAGAGAUGGUGCUGAUGGAAUAUGAGAGUUACCACUACAUCAAGUUCCAGAAGUAUCCCAAACUUAUCAGGAGGACAGCAGAGGCAGGUGACGGCAGAUGUGGGAAAAGCGCUGGCGUAAAAAGGAGUGUUUGCUCAGUUGUGAAGCCUCUUCCCAAAAUCAACCAAAAUCAAAGGACGAUUGUAGGAAGUGAAGUCAAAAAGGAAAACAUGUCGGCUGUUUCUGCUGAUUCAUCUGACUUUGGCCUCAACGUUUCGUCCAUCAAGAACGGCGCAGCUGGAGAUGCAACAAUCAACAGAAAGAUACGUGACAGACGAGGAAGCAGCAGCGACUUUGAACACAUGGAGCGUCUCUUGAAGCCUCUUAGUGGAUUUCCAGGGCUGAGUGGGGACAUGAAGGAAUUGGCUGCCAUUAUCAGCAGGGACAUCUAUUUGCACAGCCCCAAUGUGCGCUGGGAGGACAUCAUCGGCCUGGAGGAUGCAAAGCGAUUAGUCAAGGAGGCCAUCGUCUAUCCCAUUAAGUAUCCACAGCUUUUCACGGGGAUCCUGUCUCCAUGGAAGGGUUUGCUUCUCUAUGGCCCACCGGGUACGGGCAAGACCAUGCUAGCCAAGGCAGUAGCAACAGAAUGUAAGACGACCUUCUUUAACAUCUCAGCCUCAAGUAUCGUCAGCAAGUGGAGAGGAGACUCAGAGAAGCUCGUGCGGGUGCUGUUUGAGCUGGCCAGGUAUCAUGCUCCAUCCACCAUCUUUCUGGAUGAGCUGGAGUCGGUCAUGGCUCAGAGAGGGACCACUGCAGGAGGUGAGCAUGAGGGAAGUCGCAGGAUGAAGACGGAGCUGCUGGUUCAAAUGGAUGGACUUGCCAAAUCAGACGACCUAGUGUUUGUACUAGCAGCCUCCAAUUUGCCGUGGGAGUUGGACCAUGCAAUGCUUCGACGAUUAGAGAAGAGAAUCCUGGUUGGUCUCCCCUCUUGGCCUGCACGCCAAGCCAUGAUUGCUCAUUGGCUUCCACCUCUAAACCCCAGAGGACAUCUGAAGCUGCGGACCGAGCUCGACUAUGAAAUGCUAGCUAAGGAAAUGGAGGGUUACUCGGGGUCAGACAUCCGACUUGUAUGUAAAGAAGCUGCCAUGAGACCUGUACGCAAGAUCUUCUGUGCCCUGGAGUCACAUGACCAUGCAAUGACUCACAUGCCAGCCAUCCAUUUAGAGACUGUGACCUCUGUAGACUUUUUGGAAGUCAUCACACACACCAAACCAUCUGCACGAAACCUGAUGGACAGGUACGUGGCCUGGGAGAAAGAAUACGAGUCAGUCUAACAUGGACAACUUGUCUAAAGCGAAUACCUUGUGCAAAGUGUUUUCAUGGUGACGAGUUGAAGAAAGAAGUUUUAUGCACAUUUGUAGGUUCUGUCUGAUAGUUUUUCACUGUUGAAUAGAUGAAUAUAAAUUGAAGUACAGAACCUAAACAGUACAUCUACCUAUUCUCAUUGUUGAUGCCAGGGUCUUUGUGUACUUCCAAACAGUAUUAUUUGAGCAAAUAAAUUCACCACAAAAACAAAUAAUACUCCUGUUUUACUAUUCGUUCAAGGCUUAAACACCCAUGGGAAACACUUAAAUGUACAGUGGCAGAUGAUCUGUGUUUGACGUCCUGCUCCCUUCAAGCUCACAAUUUUUCAAGACUCUGGAGUGAACCGUUCAUACGUUGUCAAAGCAGAUUUUUCAGAAUGUGUUCGACAGCAGCAGGAAAGCUGUCACACGUCACGUGAGGAGGAGGGUUGAUUUUGUCUUCAUCUCCUUCUCUGUACUUCCCUAAAAAGAGAUGAAAUACUUGUAUUCACAUGUAAUUCAAAUGAUGUAUUACAAAGCAUUUUUUCCAAUCAUUUUUAUAUUGUUUUUAAAACCGUUCACCUCACCAGUUCUGACUAGGAUGCCCAACAUUCCAGCAUUCUGAGCCCCACCCACAUCAUCUCUUGCAUCCUACAGGGUAACAAAAUACGAUAAAAUAAGCAUUCUUGUUGUUUUUUAUUUAGAAACUCCAGUGAACUCUCCUGUCCCAUCAAAUCAAUGUGAAAUAAGCAAGUAAACAAACAAUGUACACAUUUCAAUAAAUGUACUUUUGUAUAUGCAGUACAUCUUAGGUUAGCAU